UGGGGGAGGGAUUGUGGGGUCCGGGAGGAGGGUUAGGGUCUUUGAAGGGUGUGUUUCACUUCAUGAAACCGCCCUCUCUGGGACUGAGCUUGGUUGUAAAUAAUCCAUUCAGUGAGAAGGGUCGUCCCAGUUAGGGCUUUCUGAAAGAGAGGAGGGGGCUGGGAAAGAAGUCUCAAGUUCAGGGGGGGUCUUUAUAGUAAAGAGGGGGUGAUGCCAGCUGGCGACUGGCUUUGGGAAUCUCAAACAGCAAAUGGUCGAGAAGUCUUAGGGACUAGAAUCUUGUCCUGUUUUUAAAAGGUGGGGUGUAUUUGGGCCUCGAGUUAGCACUCUAGAAAAAAAGGGGGAAUCAGUGGGGUUGUUGGUAGGGAAAACUUAGGGGUUAGAAUCUAUUUAAAAAGAAAAGAGGAUAAUUUGAGCUGAGAUCUGGUUGUCUUUAGCAGUAGGAAGACUGGUCAGUAGGGCAAUAGAGUGGCCUCAGGAAGGACUGGAUUUGUGUUGGGGUGAGGCUACACCCACCCACUCCAGGGCCUGUGUUUAGCAAGUUCUUAAGAGAAAUGAUGAGCCAAGUGGUUUGAGACUGGUGGCAGUUCUUAGUUGGAUCUGAAGGGGAAUCGUGCAGCCUUGCUGGCAUUUUAAUUGCGGGCAGUUGCUGUCAGUCAGCCCUGGACAAAGACGAGGCUGUCAAAUCUGCCUUGCCUUUUCAAUUAGUUACCUUUCUUUGGGUUCCCAGGGCACAGAGAUGUUUAUACCUGAGUUCCUUGCAGCAGCCCGACUUGUUUAGUGGAAUCAUGGUCCUAGUUUGAUGUGAAUUGAAGGCAGAGGUGCGUUUGUUGUUAUUUCCUACUUGCGAGUGACUAAACCCCCCCCCCCAAAUCUGCAGCCUUUACCUUUUGAAGCUGCAUUUUAUCCUUCCAGGCGCUGUUUGUGGUGUGAGGUACGAGUGAGAAAGGGUACCGUUAUAGUAACCGAAACGAAGGUUCAGAGGCCCGGUUAAAGGAGUGGUUUUUCCUAGGAAGCGAGGUGGCUCUAAAACACCGUCAAUAUGCCUAUGCACCCAAAGUCAGACCCCCGUUACUUUGUCGUGAUCCGGCCUCUGCCCAUCCCCAGCCAGAAAGGCCUCAAGGUCCAAGCUCGAAGCAACACCAUCUACAACUGCUGGGAUGUCACGAGAGAGCAGGUCUUCCGGGAGAACUACCAUCGGAGAAUCAAACAGCUCACGCAACAAGGCUACUUUACUCCCAGCUGGAAGCCCUAUCAAGAUUUUGGGGACCCUCUUUACCUCGAUCCGAGGAAACUCACCCUCUAUGGUCUUGGACAGCUCCCACUGGGAUUCUUCAGAGAGGAUGUUGGCCCCGAAGAAGUGGCAGAACCAGUGGAACCAGUCAGUGCUAAGAAGCCGAAACCAAAGGAACCUGAGAAGAAGCUCCUGCCUUUUAGAAACUUAGAAAAGGACCUGAGGACCCUCCAUAAAGACCUUGCACACACAAGGUAUCUGAUCAACUCGGUGAAGAUCGGGCGGGGCUACUUCCAUAUGCUUCGCAGAGAAACUCUGGAGAGGCAGGAGGCAACCAGGCUGGAAGAGUGGAAGGAGCAGGAAAGGCAGAGGACUGACUGUCAGCCGCCGAAAUACCCAUCAUCCUCGUCCUCCGAUGAAGACUCAGGGGAUGAAGAACUGACUGAUUUCUUUCUAACAGAAUGUCCCUUUCUGAGAGAGACGGAGAAAAAGAAGAAGAAGAAAAUUGUCCGACCUUUCACCCCCGUCUACAACGGCCUGCUGUCGGAAAAGCAUCCGGAUGCCCAUUUCGACUCCAUCUUCCGGCAGCUGUGCGCCCUCAACUGGCUCUUGGAAGCUUUGACUCUGGAUCCCAACAGCAGCAUGAAACCUGUGAUGACAUGCUGGAAUCCCAGGCAGUACGGCGGUGCAAAAAGUUCCUUGAAAGUCAUCGCGAAAGAAAAGACGGUGAAGGCUCGAUGGGAGCACUUUCUCUUGCAAACAAAGAGCAGAAAAUACACCCAGAAAGGACAGUACCGGGGCAGGAGAAUCCCCAAGAGGUCUUCCACCAUGAGCAUCUCCUCUCCCCACAGCAAAACGACCCUGACCAGCACAAGCUCCCUGUCGCCCAUCUACGACGAAGCGGCCCAGCCCCCUUCCGACAGCGCCAAGGAAGGGGAGGAGAUGGAGUCCAUCUUCAGCAAGACAACCAGGGAAGAAGAGGAGCCGAUGUGCUACCAACUGCAGACGCUGCUUCAGAUGAUACACGAAGAUGUGGCGAAGAAUUUUAGCAAAGAAAAUAUGUUUUGGAACUUGACACACGGCUGCUCGCACACCAUAUUGUCGAGACGCGAGCUGGAGAGCGAAUUUUCGUUUGGGCAGAAGGGCAAAAGCUCAGUUUCGUCCUCGAAGGAAGAGAAGACCAGCACGGGAGUCGCGAAAGAGGAGACCUCAGGGGAGCAGAGGCCAAAGAGUUCGAUGACAGUGACUGUCCGGGAAGAUAAAACCAUGACAGCGACCUACUCGGACGAAGACACCACUGAGCAGAUCAACAAACCUCAAAGCCUCUUCCUUAAAAGGAAAGAGCAGACGUUCCAGAACAUGAAGGAUAUCUUCCAUGAGGUGGCCCACGAGUCUGCAUUCAGGCUGCACGAUCAACUGGACAUCCUAGAGAGGAGGCGAGAAGAGAAGAGCACGAGGAAGUACCUGUGCCUGAGUCGCAUCACCAAGUUCCGAAAAGAUCUUGAGCGGAUGAGGCAGUCGAUGGUGGGGACGGAGCCGGAACAAGACGCUGAAUCCGAGAACUGGUUCUCCACUUUGCUGGCCAGGAUCCCAGAUGACGUCAAGAGAGACCACCGUACCCAGAAAGUCCUAAAGAAACUGGAGAGGUUUGCGAGGAAUCCAGACUUGCGCAUCCGACCACCCACCUUCCUGAAAGUGUUGGGGGAGCUUCGGAUCUGGGAAAUCUGCUCUCCGGACAUCUGCGCAGCUGUGGAGUUCCUGCGUGAAUAUAUUGUGGAGAUGCCCAUGGAGGAUUACAAACAAUGGUUACAGUCUCGAGUGACAAUCCCUAAGCGAGCACACAGCGCUCCACCGAUAUGCUGAAAGCCCCCCUCCCCGCAAGGGCCGGGUCGAAAAGACUAAGGACAAAGGCUUCAUUUUUUGUAAAAAAAAAGAGAUCAGACACGGGCUGAGAAAGAGCUGGAUGAAGCCGACACCUGGAGUGUCUACUUGGAGAACUGUACUCUUGCUCAUCCGCCUGCAAUGAUGCGUGGCAAGGGCCACACUCUAGAACCCUCUCAAAAGGCUGGAAUUGCUCAUUCUCAAAAAGGUUCAUUUGGAAUUGCAUCACCGUCGCUUGCAGCUGCAGGCUCAGAAUGACAAGGAAGAGAAUUGAACAGCCAAAGCCAUUUUAACUUUUAGAUGUUUAAUUUAAUUUGGGACAGGAGGCAUGGAAUUACGUGCCUGCGGCAACCUGCAGUUCAGUGAAGGGAGCGGAUCCCUUUGCUUGUGGUGAUCAGCUCUCUCUGCUGAAAUGGCGCAGAUCCCUUUGCUUGUGGUGAUCAGCUCUCUGCUGAAAUGGAGCAGAUCCCUUUGCUUGUGGUGAUCAGCUCUUUGCUGAAAUGGAGCAGAUCCCUUUGCUUGUGGUGAUCAGCUCUCUCUGCUGAAAUGGAGCAGAUCCCUUUGCUUGUGGUGAUCAGCUCUCUCUGCUGAAAUGGAGCGGAUCCCUUUGCUUGUGGUGAUCAGCUCUCUGCUGAAAUGGAGCAGAUCCCUUUGCUUGUGGUGAUCAGCUCUUUGCUGAAAUGGAGCAGAUCCCUUUGCUUGUGGUGAUCAGCUCUCUCUGCUGAAAUGGAGCAGAUCCCUUUGCUUGUGGUGAUCAGCUCUCUCUGCUGAAAUGGAGCAGAUCCCUUUGCUUGUGGUGACCAGCUCUCUCUGCUGAAAGGGAGCAGAUCCCUUUGCUUGUGGUGAUCAGCUCUCUCUGCUGAAAGGGGCAGUUCUGAGGCUUCAGACCAAUGCCAGCAUUUGCAAAUGUUUUGUUAUUUCUGCAUGCUUUGAAUUAUUAAAAAAACUGUUUUAGCUGUAUGCUUCUCAUCCA